UUUAAUCGCGUGUAAUAACUUUCGAUUUCAAUGCACCUCCAUGGUCAACCGUCGUUGUGAUUCCUAGCUCCUGCCUACCUCUGCCAGCGAUGGAUCUCUGCUUACUGUGACUUUUCGAUGACUUGCGUGUCAAUGUUGUCCAAAACGAACCACAUUAUUAUAUCUACGGAGCUGAUCGUCGUGCUGCGAAAGAGCAGAAUAUUAGGGAUACACUUUGAUCGAGAACACGCUGAUGUCAACUUUACAAACUGGGAUGGCUAGAAGACACUGGAAGCGAUUUUUAUGUUGCAUGAUAAUCGCACUUUUCGUGACCGGAAACGUGCGAAGUGAACCGAUCCCAACCGUACCUGGCCGGGCAGUAACGGUCCCGGAGCAGAUCGAUGGGUUGUUCAAAUUCACCUGGGACGACGCUACCGUUACUACCAACGAAGACGUGAUAGAUGUAACAACCCAGAGCACAGGAACAACGCAUGACCGUGUUCUAUUUACCGAAUCGCCUGUCAUGGAUGUUAUUACUCUCAUUUGGUACCUGGCUACGUUUUUCGCAUUGAUCGCGUUCUUUUUGGUAAUGGCUUGUGCUGAUCGCCAUCGUUGUCGCUCCCGGAAGCCAGCAACCGAAGAUAGAACAGCGCCACCAACACCGGCACCGUCCUAUCGCCAGUUUGCGCCACCUACCUACGAUUCGCUCGUGUUCGAGAAGGAUAACGAUAGCAUUUUCAUCAUUCCAUAUGAUAGUGUGAUCGAAAACGGACACCAACGAAACGCUGAGGACUUGGCAAGCAAUCUAGAGCAGAUCAUAGAACCUGCUUCGCCUCGCCUUCAUCCGUCCAAUCAACAUACCGUGAACAUCAGUGAUAUUAGCAGUGAAAGUGACGAUGUUCCCGUUAUUGUUGUGGAGCAGAGUACCGCGCGCCCUGGGCCUGACGUCACAGAUCGCAACGUCACGGAACUGUAAUGGUGUGCUAAACGCAAAUCAAACUUAGUGUUACAAAUAGUAUUUUGCGGUUCCGCAUUGCGCUAGUCGAGUGGGUGACCUUACGUUUGAAGUGCAUCUUUGUCUAUCUCGUAAUCGCGAUUGACCGCGCUGACGCAAUAAUUAACAAUCGUAAGGAGUGGCAUCUCUGAUUAAUUGCGAACGUAAAAUACUUCACUGAUAAGACGAGGCUUAUCAUCGGCACUAGCUGACUUCCCGGUAACCCUUGUGCACGUGCCAGAAAGUGCUCCUUCCGCUCAUGACAAAACCGGGUAUAGAUUUUAAUUGUAUAUCGAAACGGACGAUAGUCAUUACAUGCUAGGUUUAGUUAAUUAAUUGCGUGAUAUACGUGAUGGUACAGCGAGAAAAUGUGCAUACAAAUGUUUCUAUAGAUUUAAUUAUAAUAACGGCUAAAAUAUAAGAUGCUUAAAUUCCAAGUAA